AUGGCGUUGACAGGACCCAUUCCCGCAGCGAGCCUGGCUGGGAAGGGCUACGGUUGCCACCAUUCCUCAACCUACACGCCCACGAUGGAAGAGCAGCUGCUCCUGUUCUCUCGUCGCCAUGACUUCACCUCUUGUCCGCCAUCGCCCUCUCGACUCAUGCCCCGUCGCCUGGCCCUCCUCGCCUCGUCAUCGCCUGUCCACUCGCCCACGACCGACCGUCACAAGCCGCCCAUGUUCCUCGCCGCACCUUCUACCCCGGCGAAGAAGGCGGCCAACGAGGAAGCUGCAGAUUGCGAGCAGUCUGUCGCGCAGACGGCUGUAGAGAUGCUCGAGGCCCACCUCCACUCGGUGCUGCCUCUACCCGCCAUGUCCUCCCUCUCCUCUCUGGCCUCUUUCUCCUCCCUCUUCGUCUCUCCGCCCUCGUCCCCCACCAUCUCGCGGCUGCUCUCUUCUCAGCCUGCUGCAGCUUCAUCCUCCUUCUCCUUCCUCUCUCCCUUUUCGUCUCCCUCUUCUUCGCCCGUAUCGUCGCCUUCUACUUUCGCACCCUCGAAGCUCGCCCGCUCCAUGAAGAAGCACGUACGACCCUCCAAAGAUGAGAAGGACUACUUCAAGCACCUCUUCAGCCCCCAAGCUACGAAGAAGAAGAGCAAGAAGUCGAGCGGCAAGAAAGAGAAGGGCGCGACGAUGGGCGAUGAAGACGAAGACGAGUGGCGCGAGCUGCUGGAGCAGUUCGAGGUGAGCAAGUACUUCGUCGGCUCAGCCGCGGCGUCGUCCUCGCGAGCUCGAUGGCAGGCUGCCCUCAUGCUGGCCUAUCGCGACGCCCACAAGGUCCCGUCGACGAACACCGCAAAACGGAGCAGGCACCACAAGCGUACGAGCAACAAGAAAGGGGAGAAGAGGAACGACGCCCUCGGCUGGGAUCGAGGCGAUGAGCUGCAGGCAGCGGCGCGGCUAGUGGUGGAGAUGAACCAUAUCUGGGACAUCGCCCGUCAGCUGAUGCUGGGCAAGCUCGAAGUGGAACGGCUUCGACGCGCCAAGGACAGCGCGACGUGGACACUGGUCGACCUCCCGCCGAGCCAGCCUCUCUCAACGUCAAGCCCGACGUGUGAAGCCGGAGAUAAGGUCGCGUCGUUCCGAUUCACUCUCAUGUCAUCGAUCGGCUACUUCACCAACAGCAUACUGCCCUCUUCUUCUACCUCGCCGCCUCCCUCGCCGUCAAUGCCAGCCGAUUCCCUGCCCGCGAAGCCCCUACCCUCCACGUCGCCGACAGCCGCCUCUUCGCCGCCACCGCUGGAGGAGACGAUCUUCGGGUGUCCCUCCUUCCCCUCAACGCCCGGAACGGCCAGGCUUCGCCCACGCCCUCGCCAAGACGAAGAGGGACUCCAGCUCGAGGCGGAGAAGAUUACGAUGAAGCGAAGAGAGGCCCAUCACCAGCUGAGCGCUGCCGAGGGCGAGGUGGUGGUGCUGCUGCUGGCGGACCUGCUGGUCAAGCAGAUGACCUACGAGCUGUGCCUCUCCGGCCUUCUCUCGCGCGUAGUUGCCGACGCGCAGUAA